AUGACCCCCACAAGGGGGCUACCAGCUAUGUUAUGUUUCAGGGCCGUCGUUGUAGAGAUUCCGGGUCCAGGGUGGUAGCCCCAGCCUUCAGCAGGAGCAACUUGCCCUCGGGGCCGGCAUCCGACAAAACAUGCAUAUUUCAUGCCUUUGGCUCACAUGUAUCCAGUUGUGCGCCAAGCUUGUAUGAUCAUUGUCUGCAAAGUUCAAUUCUUUCCCGCCCGCACGAUGGCGAAACACUCGUCAGUGUCCCGCGCAGUUUUCUUACUUUGGUUGGUCUGCGCUGUCCCGAUCAACGCUCACCGAGUUACUGUGAGGAAUGACGCGUUGGUAAAUAUCCAUCGCGGCCAGGCAGCGGGGACCUUCUCUGCAAACCGUUCCUUGGUUACCUUGGGCGCUAAUGCUACGAUGGAGUCUGAAACCGAAUUCCUUUGCUUUGGGCUUUGCAUUGCGUUGGGAGGGGGUUUGAUUGGUUCAAUUUUGGGCACCGCUAUUGGAACGACCGCCGUUGUUGGCACGGUUGCGUUUGGGACGACAGCAGUUGUGUAUGCUCUUCAGGAGAACGGCUGCACGAAUACCACACUCAGCGAGGUCAUCAAGAACGCGUCUCGAAUUGCGAUCGCGGAAGGCAGUGAAGCCGAAGCCAUUCUCGAUGCGGAAUCAACCGAGCAGCGAGGGGCUGUGUCGGCCGUACCUUGGACUCCCAAGGAUUUCCUGUCGCACAUACGUGACACGUGCGGUGCUUUCAUGGAACCAAAAGGGCUCGGGGAGUCAGAGUCCUCUUCGAAAUCUGGUGCUGUUUUUUGGAACUGCCAGACACCGUCCACGAGCACGCCGUACGGCCGGGUCUUGGUCAAGGGUGCCAUUCGCAACAGUGCUGAUUCACCCGAGUGGAGUGUGUUUAAGAAACUGUCCCCCACGCUGGGCUCGCGUUAUGGAAAACAUACCAUGCUAAACCGGAUGUUGCUUGGAUUCGACGCGUUUGGUACACACUGGCUCGUUUUGGAGGACGUGAAGGCAACGCCAGUACUCAGGCGCCUCCAACUUGAACUCGGCUUGGUUGUUCUCGACACGGAUGAAGUACAUUUCCGUGCUUACGAUAUCAAGCCUGCAGGCUCCCGAGCGCCUCAGUUGCCCGAGUGUUUCCAUGAUCUCGGUAUGCUGGCCGACACCAUGGGGAGCGUCAAGGAUUUCGUCGGCUGGGAUCGUCUUCAGUCCAUCCUGGCCUCUGACCUGGAAUACCUUGAUAAGUUCAGCAUCAUUGACGAGUCCCUCUUCGUACAGGUGGCUGGCCCCUUCGACGUGGCGGUGGAGAGCGUCGAGGACGACGGGGCGGAGGCGAUCUUGGAGGUCCUCCUCGGGGGUGCGCCACCAUGUGCGUUCCAGAUCAAGAGCGGUAAGAUGGCAAUUAUUUGCGUGAGCGUCUUGGACUACCUGUUGUCGCUAAGCUUUGCGAAAGGGGUGCAGAACGCCUUCCAGGGAUUCCGCUGGAAUGAUUACGACGCGAAGAUGGCAGGAUUAUUGGAGUGCAUGGGCGAUUCUAGUCUGGAUGCUUGCGCAGAUUAUCGGCGUCAAGCAGCGGGCGAGUGGCAACAAAUGGCAAUUGAGCAAUACGAGGUAAUGACGCAGAACGUAACUAUUCGUGACAAAAUCGCAGCCAUGGAAUCUAAGUACCGAUGUUGCUGCAACACCGCCGAGACCGAUGGGAAGCUUACCAUGGCGACCGCCUGUGCUUGGCUUCGGAGAACGGACCAGGUCACGUCUUGGGGGUACUGUCCAAAUGAUUUGAACCACUUUCCGAUCAAGGAGGGUGGGUGCAUGGACCUGGAGCCAAUCGUGGUUCCCCCAGAGCCUAAGACCAGAUGCGGUUAUUUUCAGAGUUGCUGCUGCUACGAUCGAGACUACGCGCCUCGUGACUCGCCUCCAACCGACUUAUGUAGUUGCUCCACGUCGUGCAAGGCUGGGCAUCAUACCUAUGACACGGUUGGAUUUUGUCCGCAGUGACGUCAAUGUUGUGAAAGGCUUGCGUUUCACGUGUCACUUUCGCUUGGUGGGUCCAGCCCUUGCCAACAUGUCGUCUAUGGAGCAAGCUGUGACCUGCCUCGCCCUCCCGGUGUAGGCUCUGAGAGGUUUGAGACCCUGGUGCGAGCCAUGCCGAUCACAAAUCGUUCGACCCUUUUCGGAUGGUGUGGGCCUCUGCGGGUGCGUCUGCUCCUCGUGUGCCCCAGCCUUGGUCCGCAGUCCUCCCGCAACGCGGGCUCUUCGUAACAUCUUCACUGUGCCACGCGGCCCGCCCCCUGUUCCUGCGCGGCCCCCCUCGUGCGCUACUCCUCCAAAUCCUGAGUAUGGUGUUCUUGUGAUUUUGUAAUUCGG